AUGGGAGCUGACUAUGAUAAAGUUCUGAUGGGUUUGGAAGAGGCGUUAAGCGCCAUAACGGCAAGCACAAAACUGUUGUCGACUGGAUGUCCGGAUGUGAUCUGUACGGCGUUGCCGACCCAUUGGCGUUCCAACAAAUCGCUUCCGUCUCCGUUUACGGUGUUUGCGCUCGGACCCGUUCCGGAUGGAACACCCGUAACGAUUGCGGCUGGAAAUGAGGAGAACUCUUGUGCCGACUUACGGAACAAUAAAACACUAAUGAAUGGCCAAAUCGCUCGUUUUUCGGAUUUACGC